AUUCAUUCUUAGAAUCUCAAUAGUCAUAAAUUUUCAAAAACAAACAAACAAAAAAAGAUGAGACCUCUACAGAGAACAUUAGCGUAUUACUCUGGCUUCAAUGCUACGAAAAUUGGUCAGAUUCGAUAUUCAUCAUCAUCAAAGCCAAUUUAUGAUUAUUCAUUAUUACCUGAUAAAGGUGAUCAAAAAAUAUGUCGAGCACGUCAAAUGCUUGGUUUCAAAACGCCACCAUUAUUUGUUAUACGUAAAUCAAGCAUAUUUCUAUACGAAUCUUGUACGGAUAAAAUUGAUAUAACCAGAUUUUUCAAUACACUUAAAUUGGAUGAUACAUUCAAUUCAUGGUUCUGCAUUACACGAUUACAUGUAUGGAUGAUUGCCAGCCGUUGUAUGGAAGACAAGGUGAAUGGUGAAACAUUACGUAAUGAAUUAUUGAAACGAAUGUGGGAAGAUGUCAAUAAUCGAUUGGAUAAAUUAUCGUAUAUAAAGCGUCGAAAAAAAUUUGUUAUGGUACAGCAAUUAUAUGCUGAAUUCAACGCUACAUUAUUUGGACUUGAUGAAGGUUUGGCCACUAAUGAUUGUAUAUUGGCCAGUGCUAUUUGGCGUACAAUACUUGGCAUGAAAGAAGAGAUGGCCGAUCCAUUGAUAUUAGAAUUAUUAGUACGAUAUACACGUGUUCAGCUUAUAUCAGUUGGAAGAUUAGUUUUAGAGAAUGCAACCAAAUAUGGUUUUAAAGCUAAUCCAAUACGAUGGUUUGAAGUGAUAUUCUAUCAUGAAAAUCAUCCAUUAUUAUUAGCCCUUUUGUUCACCAAUAUGAUGGCAUUAUUUUCAUUAUUUAUUGAACGUUCAUAUGUCUUUUAUCUGGAAUCUAUGGGUCGUGUUUCACAGGAAAAUCUACCCGAAUCAUCUAUCACAUUUGCACCGAAAUCUGAUGGCCAAUUGAUACAUAUAUUGCGUUUUCGUACUUGUCCAAAAGAAGAACAAAUUUUUCGCACAUUUUGGCUAUUAAUUUUGUUUUCAAUGAUGUUUAUACCAAUUGGAUUGUCCAUCACAUAUGAUUGUAAUCCAUAUCUGUUGUCCAUUUUAUGUGUAUGGUAUUGUAUCGUAUUUUUUAAACUUUAUUCAUUUCAUGAAGUCAAUGCAUGGUGGCGUACAGCACAAGUAUAUGGUGGCUGUUUACAACCAACAAAAGAGACAAAUGAAAAAUUAGAACUAUAUCAAGGUGAAACACUUCGUUCAUGGGAUCCAUCAAAAUUGAUUCUUUAUCCAGAUAAUCUUUCCAUUACAAAUAUUCUUCAAUUUCUGUAUCUACCAACAAAUUGUUAUCAAUGUAAUUUUCCAAUGAAAAAAUCUCGCAAUUAUACAUUCAUGUUUCGAUGUCUGAUUGAAUCUGUGUUUCUGACGGAAUUAGGUUGCGUUCUAAUUCAACAAUGGGUCAUCGUACCAUUAGAGGAUAGACAUUUUAAUCUAUCAGAAAUAACUGUUUCACAAUUUCUUUCACAAUGGACCAAAAUGUCGUUGGCUACAAUAACCAUAUGGCUAUUAGGAUUUUAUUGCAUUUUUCAAUCAGUAAUGAAUUUAAUGGCCGAAAUGCUUUGUUUUGCUGACCGACAUUUCUAUGAUGAUUGGUGGAAUAGUCAUACGAUAUCAGAAUUUUGGCGUCGUUGGAAUUUACCUAUCCAUCGUUGGCUAAAACGUCAUUCAUUUAUACCCAUAAUAAAUAAAGGAUAUAGCCAAUUUCAAGCAGCAUUUUUGAUAUUCGUAUUUUCUGGCAUAUUUCAUGAAUAUUUUGUUUCAGUACCAUUAAGACGUUUAAGUGUACAUUUUUUCUUUGGAAUGUGUUCACAAAUCAUAUUGGAAAUGGUGACUAAAAAUAUUCGUUCAUGGCAUCUGGCUAAUGCUGUUGUAUGGUGUUCAUUAAUACUUGGACAACCAUUAUUGAUUUUACUUUAUUAUAAUGAUGUACAAAAUUCAUUGAAAUGAAUUUCAAUAUAUUUAAAUCAUAAUCAGGUAGAUAGAUUUUAAAAGUACUGAAAACAACAAAAG